AAACUUCAAUCCGGAAAUAAAACCCUACAACACGACGCCGUUUUAAUUAUCAAGAUAUUUAGCUCACGUUAUCCGAAAUUGUCUCCCAGCCAGAAAUUAUCAAAUUAAUUCAGACAGCUAAAACCUCAGCUAAAACCCUUACUCCCCUCCAUUGUUGGCCAUGCUCCAGCAAAAAUGGCUGUCUCAGCGAAAACCCCACCUAUUUCUCUCAAUCCCGACCACCCAAAUCCCCAUUUUUCCAAAAACCCAAUUCUCAAAACCCAGAAUUAUUCCCAAACCAUCUCCAAGAACAAUCAAUUCUCUCUCAAGAAGAGGCACCACAAUUCUCUCUCUAACUCCACUUCCUCCUUCACCGCGGACCCGAACUCGUACUUAACUCAGCUCUGCGUUCAGAACGAGCUGAACCAAGCUAUAAAUUUCCUGACUUCCAUCGGAAAAGAGCCUCAAAUUGAUAUAGAGGAAGAAACCUUCGUGUACUUGGUGAGGCUGUGCGAAUUCAAGAGGGCGUCUGAAGAAGGUUCGUUAAUCUAUUCCAUGGUGUCGAAAUUGAUUACCCACUUGAGUUUAAGGCUUGGGAACGCGCUCCUGAGCAUGUUCGUGCGGUUGGGCAAUUUGAGCGAUGCAUGGUACGUGUUUGGUAAAAUGAAUGAGAGAGAUUUGUUUUCUUGGAAUGUUCUGAUUGGUGGGUACGCGAAGAAGGGGUUUCUAGACGAGUCGGUUGAGCUUUACGGUCGGAUGUUGUGGCUUGGUGGGGUUGGAAUUCGGCCCGAUGUGUAUACUUUUCCCUGCGUGUUGAGAGCUUGUGGUGGGUUGAGCAAUUGGGAGUGGGGAAGGGAGAUUCAUGCCCAUGUGUUGAGAUUCGGGUUCGAUUCCGAUGUUGAUGUUCUGAAUUCACUGAUCACUAUGUAUGUCAAGUGUGGGGAUCUCUCGGGCGCCAGGAAGGCGUUCGACGGAAUGUCUAGGAGAGAUACAAUCUCAUGGAAUGCGAUGAUUUCUGGCUAUUUCGAGAAUGGGGAGUGUUUGGAAGGUUUGCGCUUGUUCUUUUCCAUGAUGGAAUCUUCCUUUCAUCCCGAUUUGAUGACAAUGACUAGCCUGAUUUCAGCGUGUGAAGACUUUGGCGAUCAAAGACUCGGAAUUGCCGUUCAUGGGUAUGCUGCAAAGACAGAAUACAGAGUUGAAGAGUCGGUUGGAAACUCGUUGAUCCAAAUGUAUUCAAGUUUCGGAAAGUGGAACGAAGCAGAAAAAGUCUUUGCAAGAAUCGAGUCUAAAGAUGUGGUAUCUUGGACAUCAAUGAUUUCUGGUUAUAGCAAUAGGAUGUCCGAAAAGGCAAUCGAAACUUAUAAAACAAUGGAGAUAGAAGGUGUGGAGCCCGAUGAAGUCACUGUUGCCAGUGUUUUAUCCGCCUGUGCUUCUACUGGUUCACUAGAUAUAGGCGUAAAGCUCCACGAGUUUUCCAAAAGAACCGGUCUAAUCGGUUAUCUGCUCGUUGCGAAUGUUCUUAUCGACUUCUACUCCAAGUGUAAAUGCAUAGACAAGGCUUUGGAUGUCUUCCAUCAGAUUCCGGACAAAAACGUAAUAUCUUGGACAACGAUUAUUCUCGGUCUUCGCAUCAAUAACCGAUGCUUCGAAUCAUUAAUCUAUUUCAGGCAGAUGAAAGUCACUCUAAACCCUAACGACGUCACCUUAAUAUCUGUCCUUUCUGCAUGUGCGAGGGUAGGGGCAUUAAUGUGUGGAAAAGAAAUCCAUGCACACGUACUGAGGAGUGGAUUAGGGUUCGAUGGAUUUCUACCGAACGCACUUCUUGAUUUGUACGUGAGGUGUGGUAGAAUGGGGCCCGCAAUGAAUCAAUUCAAGACACAGAAACGGGAUAUCGCCUCCUGGAAUAUUCUCCUCACGGGUCAUGCUCAGAGGGGGCAGGGUGCUCUGGCAACAGAUUUGUUUCGUGCGAUGAUGAUGUCAGAGGUAAGACCGGACGAGAUCACGUUCGUGGCUUUACUAUGUGCAUGCAGCAGAUCCGGUAUGGUGAGCGAAGGGCUAACGUAUUUCAACAGCAUGGAAACAGAAUAUUCCGUUUCUCGGAAUCUGAAGCAUUACGCUUGUGUAGUGGAUUUGCUAGGGCGUGCUGGAGAAUUAGACGAGGCGUAUGAUUUUAUACAGAGAAUGCCUACCAAACCAGAUGCAGCUAUAUGGGGAGCUUUGUUAAAUGCAUGCAGAAUUCAUAGAAACGUUGAACUCGGUGAAGUGGCUGCUAAGAAUAUUUUCGGAAUGGAUAAUAUGAGUGCAGGUUAUUAUAUUCUGCUGUGCGAUCUUUAUUCAGACAGUGGGAAAUGGGAUGAAGUUGCGAAGUUGAGGAAAAUGAUGCGAGAAAUGGGGUUGACUAUCGACCCUGGUUGUAGUUGGGUUGAAGUUAAGGGAAAAAUACACGCGUUUCUUUGUGGGGAUGAUUCUCACCCGCAAAUACGAGAAAUUUCGGGUAUUUUGGAGGGAUUUUACGAGAGAAUGAAGGUGGAAGGUUAUGUUGGUGUAGAGAAUGAAGUUGAGGCUUCGAAAGCGGAUGUUUUUUGUGGGCAUAGUGAGAGAUCGGCCGUUGCUUUUGGGUUGAUAAAUUCUUCACCCGGGAUGCCUAUUUGGGUGACGAAGAAUUUGUAUAUGUGUGAGAACUGUCAUAAUACGAUGAAGUUUAUUUCAAAGGCUGUAAGAAGAGAGAUUUCUGUUAGAGAUACGGAGCAUUUUCACCUUUUUAAGGAUGGGAGCUGCUCUUGUGGAGAUGAGGGCUAUUUCGAGAAGGAGAUAACUUGACCACACGAACAAAACUCUUUACGUACGAGGUGUACUAUGUUUCAGCAGAAUUUUCGAACACACGGAAGCUCAGAUUGUUGAUUUGCUUGUAAGAGUAGAAAGGGUGGAUGCAUGUAAAUACGGAAGAUGUUUCGGACAAACUUCUUGCCAAAUGAUGUGUUUCCUUCUUCCUUGCGGUGAGUGUUCGUCUACUGUAAAAUGUUUUGUAGUAACAGAAUUGAUUGAAAUGAUAUAUAUACAUACAUAACUUCUUGCUU